AGUAAUCUGUUUUGUAACUCAUUUUCUCGUUUUAAAUGAUCAUGUGUGGCAUUUGUUUUCAAGUAUGGAGAUGGAAAUCCGUAGUUUCCCAUCUUGGUUGAUCUUCAUAUUUACCUAGCGAAAUGACUUCAUUGUAACGUUGACCAGUAAUGGAUGAUGCGGUCAGCGUCGAAAUCUCACACCAGUGACUAGAAGACGUACAACGUGGCUGAGAUAUUUUACAUCUGGAUAACACCAGUCAUUAUUAUAAGGGUGUUCGUGAUGCUUCCCAAAGUUAAAACUGCUGGCUCAUUCAGCCACGCAAUCACCAUAAGUCGGGCAAACUGAUUUGACCUUUAAAAUGGAUGGCAAAUUUUAAUGGUGGAUUCCCAUUACUGUCCCAGCUGUUUGGAAAACAUGCCAUCAGCUGAAGCCAAGCUGAAAAAGAACAGGUGCGCCAACUGCUUCGACUGCCCGUGCUGCAUGCACACCCUGUCCACCCGGGCCACCAACAUCCCGGCGCCGCUGCCUGAUGACCCCGCCAAGACGGCCCUGAAGAAGGCCUACUACCUGGCCUGCGGGUUCUGCCGCUGGACCUCGCGGGACGUCGGGAUGGCCGACAAGUCCGUAGCCAGCGGUGGCUGGCAAGAGCCUGAGAAUCCCCACACCCAGCGGAUUAACAAGCUGAUAGAAUAUUACCAGCAGCUGGCACAGAGGGAGAAGGUGGAGAGAGACAGGAAGAAAUUGGCCCGACGUCGCCCCUACAUGCCUCUGGCCUUUUCGCAACACACUAUUCAUGUGGUGGAAAAAUAUGGCCUGGGUACAAGGCUUCAGCGUCAGAGAUCUGGAGCCCCUAUUACUAGUCUUGCAGGACUUUCUUUGAAGGAAGGUGAGGAUCAAAAGGAGAUAAAGAUCGAACCUGCUCAGGCCUUGGAUGAAGUAGAGCCCCUGCCUGAAGACUGCUACACACGUCCUGUCAACCUGCCAGAAGUGACUACGCUGCGUCAGCGUCUUCUGCAGCCUGACUUCCAGCCUGCAGGAGCCUCUCAGCUUUACCCAAGACACAAGCACCUACUGAUCAAGCGCUCUCUGCGCUGCAGGAAAUGUGAGCACAAUUUAAGCAAACCAGAAUUCAAUCCCACUUCAAUAAAGUUUAAAAUCCAGCUGGUGGCAUUGAAUUACAUCCCUGAGGUGAGAAUCAUGUCCAUUCCAAACCUGCGAUACAUGAAGGAAAGCCAGGUGCUUCUGACGUUGACGAACCCUGUAGAGAAUGUAACACAUGUCGCCCUGCUUCCGUGUGAGGAGGGAGACCAGGAUGAUUUAAACAGCACAGCUAAGGUUGUAGUUCCUUCUAAGGAGCUGGUUCUGGCUGGCAAGGAUGCUGCGGCAGAGUAUGAUGAACUGGCAGAGCCUCAGGACUUCCAGGACGAUCCAGAUGUGGUCGCCUUCAGGAAGUCCAACAAGAUUGGCUUUUUCAUCAAGGUGACGCCACAGCGCGAGGAGGGGGAAGUAACGGUGUCGUUCAAGAUCCGGCACGACUUCCGCAACCUGGCUGCCCCCAUCCGCCCCACCGAAGACGCAGAGCAGGGGACCGAGCCCAUCUGGCUCACCCACCACGUGGAGCUGAGCCUGGGGCCGCUGCUGAAGUGAGCCGGCGGGGGUCGUGCAGUGAGCGCUGAUCGGCGGGAGAGCUACAGGCUUAGCUGUAGCCCUCCGUGCCCCCAUCAGAAGGCGCUGUGACUCAAGUGUGCUCAGUCCGAGAGCGUAACGGACACUUAACAAGUAAAGCUGUCAACAUCCAGUCAGAAAGAGCUGUUAACAAUUCAUUAUACACCAGUCCACAUGCCUUUGCACUGAUAACCUGUUGACCCAUGUUUGAAAAGACUUGUCUGGCACCCGGAGAAUGUUUUUUUUGUCAGGUUUGGUGAGGCAUUGGGUGCUGACUAGUGCACGUCUAUUUAGGUUGCAAUUCUUUUAAAUUCACGGACGUCUUAAUAGUUUGCUUUAAUGUAGGCGUUUAGUGCAUUUCUUAUUGGAUCAUUUUUAGAUUUUCUUUCAAAUGGCAACUUUCAAAAGCAAAAGCAACUCUCUGAAACAUUAAAAGAGAAUAGGUAGGAAGCAUUCAAAGUAAUUCAUUAGUAUAAUAUGGACAACUAUUAAGCUAAAUAAAUUGUUGAAAUUCUUUUUUAAUUGUCGCUAGCAAUAAUGUUAACACUUAAGGUGACCAUGAACAUCUGUGCUCAUGAGGAAAAUUCCUAAAAAGAUUAUACUUGCAAAUUAAACUUACUACAACUAAUGAAACCAUCUAAAACCUACAAAACAUUUUUCUUUUUUUAGGUAAAAAACCCUUGAAAGAAUGUUUAGGCGUAAAGUCAUACUAAUCUUGUAUAAAUACAGUAAACACAGGCUCUUUGUGGUUUUGUUGAUUCUGAAGAAUCAAACCACUUCUCUGGAGUAGGUACUUUUUCACAGUGGCCAAGAUGUGGUAACACACGGCUAGAGCAAGUAUGCUUUUACUUUGAAACAUUUGCUUACCAAAUUUCAGCAUAAUCGUAUUACAGUUUUUUAAGAGAUGGUCUCCAGCUCAGCGGUGAGUAUUUUAGUGAUGGGUCUUUCAAUUUUCAAUCUUCGUUAACUGAUUUUUGAAUACUAGAGCGAUUGUUACGGCACUUUCUGACGUGAGGAAGAGGUAUACGAACUUACUUUGUGCUUCUGUGUUUUUGGCAAUAUUUAAAAUGUUCUCUUUAAAAGACCUUUAGGGGAAUUCAAUAUUUGAAAAAAAUGCUUGUUGGUCCUAACUUAUUAAAAUAGAUUCUUGCAGCACUUUAUUCACAGGGCAGGUGAAGUAUUCCCUUUCACAUUUAUUUUUAUUGGGAAUAAAAUCCUUCUCCCUGCAGACAGUUGUGAUUGACAACACGCCCAUGGCAGGUCAUUUGGCAAAAACACAACUCUGGAAGCUGUAGCUUUCACAUCCUGGCUCCUCAGUUUCAAGUGACCAAAAACACAGUUGUUUACAGCUUGUGAUAAACAAAACACUGUUAAGAGCAUGAAUAGCCACACAUAUAUAGUCAACGCAGUGUUAAAUAAGCUGUCUGCAUGUGCUUGCUUUAUUUUUCUCUUCACAUCUCUUUUCUAUUAUGUUUUUGCUUGUAUUUAUUAAGAAAGCUGCUUAAUAGUACUGAUGUCUUGCUUUUCAUAGGUAGCAUCGGUAUAACUGAAAUCUGUGUAUAAAUAGGGCAUUUACAUUCUCACUUACCAGUACAUUUUAAUCUUGUUGACCAGGUGAGAGGUCUUGUUUUACAUAGUUAAAAGACUUUUCAUUUACUGUUUUAUGACUACUGUGGGUUAAAGGAAGAUGUGAAAGCUCAGCUAGUUGUACCUGUUUGUUGAACUUGCCCACCUGGAUGACAAUGGGAAUUUUGUCCACCUCAAUCAAUAUGAAACACUUGCAUGGCUGUUUAAAAACUGUUUUUGGUUUGUAGUUUCCAUUAAAGUUUUAGAAUAUCCAUAACUGAUCAACAGUAGGCUUGAUAAGUACUGUCACCUGUCUACUUAGUUAAAAAUGUGAACUCUGUUUAAACGGUAAUAUUCUUCCUGCUUUCUUCAUUUAUUCAUGGAAAUUGUUAUUCCUUUCUGUAGUGCUAAAAGUACAAAAGUUGGAACAUCAAUAAAACUGACAAUACAGGCACCUA